CAGCAGUGCGGUUCGGCGUCCUCCCAAAUAACUUCCCCUUUGCUCAUCUACUCCUCUCUUUGUGCAUUCGUAUUGUUUGUGCAUUUCUUGCUGAAUUUUAUAUCAAUUUGCAAUUUUAAACAAGCUUAAGUAAAUCGACUGUACUUAAAAGCAAUAAUGGGCCAAAUCAGGAAAGCUUCGUCGGCAUUGAGCAAAUUGUUUGUCUAUGGCGCCUUGAAAUACGGACAGCCAAGCAAUUCGAUCUUGGCCAACACGGGCAAUGGCUACGCCAAUUUCUGGUGCCGUGCAACGACGACACAAAAGAUGCCUUUGGUGAUUGCCACGCGUUAUAACAUUCCAUUUCUGUUGAACAAACCCGGCGUGGGAUAUUAUGUAACCGGCGAGAUCUAUGAGGUCGACGAUCGUAUGCUCAACUCAUUGGAUAAUCUGGAGGACUGCCAGGAUGUUUACACUCGCGAAAUUCAGGAUAUGAACAUUGGUGUGGGGGAGGGCACCGUUCCAUGCUGGGUCUAUCUGCUGCAAAAGUAUCCAGAGAAGCUGCUCUCGCUGCCCUAUCUGUCUAGCUAUGAGAAUAGCUCCACACAUCCGUAUAUUAUGCGACAUCGUCGCACACACAAGCAUCCAGCACAGGAUGAUCUCACUUAUGAAGCGGCUCAAAACUAAAAUGUGUUCGAAAAGGAAGGGCGUGGCCAAUUAUUAUUAUUAUAACUACCGGUAGUUGCAUUUGUAGAACAUAUACACAGACUUUAUAUACACACAUACAUAUAUACAUAUUGCUAUAUAUAUAUAUAUUACAUGCGUACGAUAGUUGAUAGAUUGAACGUAGUUUGUAAUUUUAUAAGUUUCAAGUAAAUAAAAGCAAUUCGAGAUAAAUAC